GAGUGAGGCGUAAACAAAAAUGACGCAUCCGGUUCGACCAAUCACCAAUGACCCCAUUGUUGAAGUGUUGUACACAUGGUUAGACUUUUUCCACUCAAGGUGACACCUUCAAAGAUGAUCGCACCGUGUGUGAUAUUUCUCCUCCUUAAACAAAUAGAUCAUGUUCCAGCUCUAGCACAAUCCCCAGCCAUUCGUCUCAUAUCACCCAAUGUUGGAGACACAGUGACUUUGCACUGUUUCUAUGAAGGUGACAUGGCAGUAACAUUCUCCUGGUACAAGCAACCCUUUGGAAAUAUUCCUCGCGUCAUGUCAACAUUUUUUAAAAAGUAUGAUAGUGGCGCUACAUUCUACCAUGAAUUUAAAGGUAACCCUCGCUUCUCAGUGGAAAGUGACGAAGGAAAAAAUCUAAGAAUCUCAGACAUGGAACUCUCUGAUUCAGCUUUAUACUACUGUGGGAGCGCUUAUGGAAACAAGGUGGAGUUUGGAGCAGGAACCAUUCUCAUUGUAAAAGGUUCAGAGUCCAACAGUAAGACAGUUGUACAUCAGUCUGUCUCUAAAUCAGUCCAGCCAGGAGACUCUGUGUCUCUAAACUGUACGAUACACACUGAGACCUGUGCAGGAGAACACAGUGUCUAUUGGUUCAGACAUGGCUCAGGAGAAUCCCGUCCAGGAAUCAUUUACUCCAUUGGGGACCGAAGUGAUCAGUGUGAGAAGGGCUCUGAGACUGGGUCUCUUACACAGAGCUGUGUCUUCAACCUCCCCAAGAGGAACCUCAGCCUCUCUGAUGCUGGAACUUACUACUGUGCUGUGGCCUCAUGUGGGGAGAUACUGUUUGGGAACGGGACCAAGCUGGACAUUGACCAUGGUUGUAAGGAGGACCAUCUUCUGUUCAUGUAUUGCCUUGGCGUAGCGUUGGGUCUGUGUGUCCUCCUCAUCAUUGUCCUUACUUGUGUUUUAUACAAGAUGAGCAAGUGCAUAGGAACCCACCUUCAGCCAAGUACUCCUGCAGUCCCCAGUCAUGAUAACCAGGAUCAAGGUGUUGACACACUCCAUUACGCCGCUCUGAACGUUGUCCACAAGAAACCAAAGUCCGGGAGACAGAGGAGCACCACGGAGACAGACACUGUGUACUCUGGGGUGACCCCGGGAGACAGGGGAGCGCCACGUAGACAGACACUGUGUACUCUGGGGUGACUCCGGGAGACAGAGGAGCGCCACGGAGACAGACACUGUGUACUCUGGUGUGACUCCAAAACAUGGACAGAAACGUGAACUUUUCCUCUUUAAUAACUUGAAUUGAUUUUGUGUGUUCUCCACUGUAUGUAUAAUUAUGGUUUUUUUAGUGUGUUACAAUGACUUGUAAUCUGCCAAGCUCAUUUUCACAUUGAUACUGUUGUUAA